UGCACUGCAGAUAUAGUAGGCUGCCUUCAUGCACCUACCUUGGCUGCACUACGGACUAGUGCUCAAGACUGCUGGCUUUGCUUCAAGAUACUAACAGGAACUUCAAUACUAGCGCCGGCUGAUUAUCGCAUUUCUCGCGUUGGUAUAAAUUGGCCCAUUAACUGUGUAAUCCAAAUCAGAUAUGGGGCUGCUGUCCUCGUGAUUCGUGAUGCUCAGCUCCGCAAUCUUGGUACGAUACAACGCGUCAGGAUUUUGACCAACAGAGGGGAUCCUGCUGUCCGCCAUAGUGUUCCUGUUCGACAUCAUCUUACGUCUACGUCUUCAGACCCUUCGUUCAUGAUUGCUCGAAGUUGGAUAUUGGAUUGUCAGCUCAAUCAUCGGUGUUCUGAGGCUAUUCCUACACUCACUACGCAGUACCUUGAUGGUGUCCGACCGGCCCGCAUGAUUGAUGUGGCAGCUUUCCAACAUCCGUCUCAGGAUAUUCGGCUAGUAGAAAUGGAUCAAGUGUGUACAUAUGUAGCCUUGAGCUACUGUUGGGGUCAUGGCCUGUCUUACGUGACAAAACAGGAUACUCUACUAUCACUACUAACGCGCAUAUCCUACAAUGACUUGCCACAAACAUUUCAACAUGCAAUCACAGCAACUCGUAACCUGGGGUAUCGUUACUUGUGGCUAGAUGCUCUUUGUAUCGUUCAGGAUUCUGUGCAAGAUUGGGAGCGAGAAUCACAAAAGAUGGGCGUCAUAUACAGUCAGGCUGUUGUCACGAUUGCCGCGACCGAAAGUCGAGGUGUGCAUGAUGGUUUUUUCAACUACGAAAGCUGCAGCGAGAUUUCUCCAUCCUGGAAAAAGAUGGUAGUGAGAGAUGCUGUGAGGUAUCGUGAGCCUACUGAGUUGCUACUCUAUGAGGACGCUUACGAUCCCAUGGACGCUGCAACUGAUAUGGCUGCAGGUACACUAGCGCAAAGAGCAUGGGCUUGUCAAGAGAGAAUACUGUCUGCCCGCGUUCUCCAUUACAAGAAAAAACAGAUCUACUGGGAAUGUAGACAAGCAGCCCACAUAGAGGAAGGAAUCCCAUCUUUCUCUAAUAACUCUGGUUGGGCUGGGACAGGUCCCAGUCUUGGUCGGGAGCUUGCUGCCUAUGAUAUCAGCGACCGCGAUCUGUCAAAUCGAAUCUUUAAAUGGUAUAACGAAAUACUGCACACACACUACUCGACACGACAACUGACAUAUGCAUCCGAUCGGCUGCCCGCAAUUUCAGGUCUUGCUAAACUUGUCCGAGGCAGCAUGAACAUAACGUAUCUUGCUGGUCUCUGGAAAGAGCGACUCCAAUUUGGAUUGUGUUGGGGGGUGGUGAAUAUAGUGCCUCGUUCAACAGUCAAUGCAUCUCCCUCUUGGUCUUGGACGUCUUAUGAGACGCCAGUAUGUUGGCCAAUGACUGUAUACGAGAGCUUCCCACCCGCGCUUUACUAUCUAGAUGAUUUUGAUAUUGAACUUGCUAGUAGCGAUAGGUUCGGACGUGUGAAUGGAGGGUUCCUAAAGAUCACCGGCCUGAUGUGUGUGGUACAGGUUGAAUUUCUCCUGGGCUUAGCCCAUCGGUUUAAUCAUUCGAGUUUGGAGGGCAAGAUGGGUGAUUGGAGUUCGAAGCUAUCAGAUUUUGAUGGAAUUCAUUUGGGUGCCGCGUUGUUAGAUCGGGAUCCCGGCACAGACGUUGUGCACGCGUUGAUACUUGCGAAAGCUGAAACACGGGAUGGAGAACAUGGGGAAUGGAACAUGCUGUUGGUCACCUGUGCUGGGGGGACUAGUGACAGAUUUGAAAGAAUCGGGAUCGCACAGGUGCGUUCUGACGGUAUCGAAGAAAAGCCUCUUUGGCUGCCAAAGUUCGAAAGACGAAGCAUCACGCUUAUUUAGACUUCAUACCGCCUUCUCUACCGAUAAUACAUCAUGAGAUUGAAUGUAUGAUUGCAAAGGAGUGCAAUAUUUAAUCAUACAUUAUUAUCCCUAACAGAUCCUAGCCGAAAGGAAGGCCAUACAGCCUGGAUGCGGCCCUGGGUAAUCCGGAGCCGGGCUCAAGGAAAGAAACACCCCUCGGAGGCCCUUUACGCAACCUUAUGACCGGGCAGCUACGGUCAUGUGCAUAGAAUACACAGC